UGCAUUAAAGCGCGUCAUAGAAACAAGACUUAUAGUUGUGAACAGUUUCAUUAAUGGUUACCGAUGUUAAGAAAAUGGCAAUUUAGCUACAAGAGGAUUACGUCUAACUCUUGACUUUAUGAUGCCUGGAGGCUUUAUUUAUAUUUUUCUGUUUUUCUUUGCUGUAUUUGCAAAUGAAAAUAAAGGUGAAGUGAAGAAGGGCUUAUACAGUCGUGUGGAGCUCACUGGAGAGAAUGUUACUGAUUCGUUCUCAGUGGAAUGGACCAAACAAAAGGAUCACAAACGUGUCUAUGUUUAAGAAAAAUAGCACAUUCAUGGCUUCAUACAGUGCUUGCUGUGGAACGGUUCAUUUCUUUUUGAACAAUAACAGCCUCGUUAUGGAGAACGUGACCGCAGAAGAUGAAGGAGUAUUCACUGAAACGAUAGUUCUACUAAACAGAACUACAAAACGCCAAAACUUUACAUUAAUCAUUCAAUACCCUCCGAAUGCAACAGAAAUCGUGGUCUCCUGGACCUCCAACACAUCUGUGACUCUCAAAUGUGAAGUGAGCGGCUUAUUUCUGAAUCUGACGUGGAAGAGAGAAGGAGUCCCUAUUCUAGAGAAACACAGACACUCUUUCAGUGAGAGAAACCAAACUCUACACAUCGACAACAUAACCAGCUCUGAUUACGGCACGUACAGCUGUAUUGCUACAAACUCAUACGGACAGUCAGAAAAGCACAUAUGUAUUACUGGUGAGAAUGGGGCUAAAGGUCAAACUCAGUCUGAUCAGAUUGUGCUUUCCAGUGGACUUGCGCUCACAGGUGUUUUGGGACUGUGCAUCGUGAUCUGCUGCCUUUACAAAUAUCAUCACAGGAAAAGAGCAGCAAAUGACAGAUCUACAGCUGAAGGGGGCGCAGACAACGACCUUGCUAUUUAUCAGCAAAUACCUGACAGUGGAGAGGCGAUUGCUUUACCGUACGUCUACACAGACUUCAUUAAACCGAAAGAGAGCGGUCAGGCCCCGGCUGCAGCGAAGCACUUUGAGGACUUUGGUUACUCUGAGGUCGGACUCGCAAGAGGAGAAGAAACCGUCCUUCUGGGUGAACAUGUCUCUAACGAACAGUCCGCAGCGUGCCCUGAUGCUGGAGAGGAAUGAGUGAUACAAGAGACUACAAAACACGAUGGAGUGAAACAGCGAAUGCUAGCAAACUUUCAUACUCACAAAUCUGGUUCAGUGAAACUUGAAAGCGCGACAGAUUUAUAAGCAAGGCUAACGGCUAUUUAAAAAAAAAAAUACAAUAAAGCAGCCACCACUAGAGGACAGCAAAAACAGCUGAAACGCUCAGAAAAAAAGCUGCAAAGCUGUCACUGAAGCGGCGAGAAGAUAUAAGAGCAAAACGGUACAACCUUGUACAUCUUUUACCCCUAAAUGGUGCAUAAUUUAGCACCAGUAUAUUAAAAAGUACACGUUAGUACAUUUUCAACGGAUGCUGUCUCAGUGACACCCUCUUCCCCUUUAUUUCUGAGAGUGUAGCUGCUCUACUACCUUCCAAAUAUUACAAAUAUAGACAAACAUACAUUUUUUUGAUGGACAGUGCAUCUUAAAAAUAACAGUUUCACGAUUACGUGAUUCAAUACGCAUAAUUCGGAAAAAAAUUCAAUGUUAGCUCAAAGUUACCUCUCUUGCCACUUAGCACUGUAUCAUGUGGCCUUGAUAACACACUAUAUGCACUUGAUAAGUACAUAAUAAGUACUUCAGUUUCUUGCAGUAAUGUCGAGGAAACAAUGCUUGAAGUGACACUUCAAAUGCAAACUGCGAGUGGUCCUAAGUGUCCACCCUACUCAUUAGUGACUGUCACACACAGCGAUUAAAUAAAUGGCAUGUGCCUUUCAGAGCAAUUUGGAGCGGAAGCGGUUUGUCUUGCAUGACAAACUCUGUUAAAAGUUCUGUAUAUCAAUUACAACAUGUCAUGGAGUCAGCAGCAGAUUAAUUAAUGUGAGAAGUCAAAUCUAGAUGUCAGUAAAGAGGUCUAGAUGCACUAUCACAAUACACAAUAAGAAACCAAAAAAGGUCAAAGCAUUUGAGAGACAGCUGUUAAUCAUCUGAAGAGUGUAAAUGUCUCACUAAAUCUUUCAUUUACAUUUAGAUAGAGUGCAUUUUUGUAUAUCUAAAGCAAUGCCUUUGUAGGGAUACCUCAGCGCAACCAGGAAUACAUACUGUAGUAGGAUGCAAAGAAUAUGUUUUUUUUUUAGUUUUUCACUCAGAAAAGUCAAAAGAAAAAAGUGAAAUAAAAAUAAAACUAUUUCCUUUUAA